CGAUUGAAGAAACAGGAAAAAGAAGAAGAGGCGGCCAAGUUUUACCUUUAGGACCCAUGUAUAACAUUACUAAUUAUAUAGUAGUUUUUUAAAAAAUUUAGUGGUUAAACAUAAUUUUAAGAAAAAAUAAAAGACUAAACUUGUAAUUUACCCUUAUUUAUUUACUUAAAAAAAUUUUGACCUUGGGCUUUGUAGCAAUUCUGGAAAGAAAACGAAAAAGGAAAGCACGUAAUUCUUAACCUUCCAUCGGAAAUUUCCAAACCCACCCUCCACCACAUCGUCUCCUGCCCCAUGAUACCUAACUGGAGAUCUCCUUUAUAAUUUGUUUUUUCUUAAAUUCUAAUAUCCAUUAAUACUUGAAGAAAAUUGAAGGGAAAUUUUUCAUUUCAAUUCAGGCGAAGCUGUGCGAGAAAACCAAAUAUAUUUGUACAAUCGGUUUCUUCCCCCAUGUCUCUUGUACAUUGGAUUCUGAUUUUGAACCUUUGGAUCUUAAAGGCAAACUCGUUGCAAGCGGGAUCGCGGGUGGUACUUCGUGAGAUUGGUCAUAACAUCGUCGGUGGUAGUGAUCCCAAGGACUACGCCGUUGAAUUGAACGCCACGAAUUUCGAUGCUGUUCUCAAGGACACUCCUGCUACUUACGCUAUAGUCGAAUUCUUCGCUCAUUGGUGCCCUGCUUGCAGAAAUUACAAGCACCAUUAUGAAAAUGUUGCAAAGCUUUUCAAUGGACCCAAUGCCGUGCAUCCUGGAAUUGUAUUGAUGACUAGAGUAGACUGUGCAUUAAAGAUAAAUAGCAAACUUUGUGAUAAGUUUUCUGUGAGUCACUAUCCUAUGCUAUUUUGGGGUCCUCCUACAAAGUUUUUUGCUGGCUGGAGCUCUAAUCAAGCGAAAAGUAAAUUACGUGUAAUUGAUGAUGGGCGGACAGCCGAACGCUUGCUUAAUUGGAUCAAUAAGCAAAUAGGCAGUUCAUAUGGUCUGGAAGAUGAAAAAUUUGAAAACGAGCAUCUUUCAUCAAAUAUAUCGGAUCCUGGACAGAUUGCUCGAGCUGUGUAUGACGUGGAGGAGGCAACUGCAACUGCCUUUGACAUAAUUCUAGAACAUAAGAUGAUUAAAUCAGAAACUCGAGCUCCACUCAUAAAAUUCCUUCAACUUUUAGUGGCCCAUCAUCCUUCCAGGAGGUGUCGGAAAGGAAGCGCAGAAGUACUUGUCAACUUUGAUGACUUGUGCCCAUUAGAUAUGUGGUCAUCAGACAAGCAUGAUGUUGACACCAGUAACAUGAUAGGGGUGCUACGCAAUUUCCAUAUUUGUGGAAAGGAUGUUCCCCGUGGAUAUUGGAUGUUUUGUCGUGGCAGCAAGAACGAUACCCGGGGCUUUAGUUGUGGUUUAUGGGUUUUAAUGCAUUCCCUCUCUGUGAGGAUUGAGGAUGGAGAGAGCCAGACUGCAUUUACAUCUAUCUGUGAUUUUAUUCACAACUUCUUUAUUUGUCAGGAGUGCCGUCAACAUUUUUAUGAGAUGUGUUCAAGUGUUAAAGGUCCUUUCACAAAAGCCCGUGACUUUGCCCUUUGGUUGUGGAGUGCACAUAAUGAAGUUAAUGAAAGAUUAAUGAAGGAAGAAGCAUCUCUAAAAACCGGAGAUCCCAAGUUCCCAAAGAUUAUUUGGCCUCCAAAACAGCUUUGUCCUUCAUGUCAUCAUUCCCGAGGUCCCAAAGAUAAAGGAGGCAGUCAGAUCGAUUGGAAGCGGGAUGAAGUAUUCAAGUUCUUAAUUAGUUAUUAUGGGAAUACACUUGUAUCUUUGUACAAAGAAAAGGGUCUUCUAGUGGGUGAUGGAACCACUGUUAUUCUGGAAGAUUCAUCAACAAACGCAGUUGUGGUGCCAGUUGGGGCUGCAUUGGCUAUUGCUCUUGCUAGCUGUGCAUUUGGAGCACUUGCUUGCUACUGGCGUUCCCAGCAGAAGAAUCGGAAGCCAAGGAGAAGCUGGAGUUAAGAUUACUAGAACAACAAAAAUAUCAAACACAAUCUUUAAGAUGCCCCGUCGGAUGACCUCAAGCUCCAUGUAGAAAUCCAGAUUACAGCCUUGUACCGUCGCACUCGAGGUCCUAUUCUUUUAUCAGUUUUUUUUAUCAAGACCGUCCUGAAAUUUAAUCUUGGGUUCCCACAGAUUAACUUAAUCUUCAUUUUUGGCUUCUUUAUCUUGUUACUUAAUUUCCAUUUUACCUUUGACAAUGCUGCUGAUGCUGCCUGCAUGAAUGCUUAAGAGUGACUUUUGGGAAUGUCUGAUACAAGUUUCAGGUCCAAUUCCUUCUCUGAACUUUAUUUUGUUCAUAUGAUUAAAACAUUGAAGAACCAUGGUAACCUCUUUCAAUGGUUUACUCGGAAAACUCAAUGCCCCUUGUAUUUGCAUAUGUGGUUGUAUCACUUUCUUAAUAGAUCACUUGCCAUCAUUGAUAUCAGGGCUGUCAUGAAUUUCAGAAAUGUAGAAAUUGUUCAAUCUUCCACCAAUUUAUUUAGGGAAAUAUAAUUCUUCAAAAACGUUUUUCGUAUUUUUUAGUAAUUGGCUUCACGAAAGACAGUAUUUGACUCAAUAGAAUAUCAAAUCUGUUUUUCCGGAGAAUAUUUUUUUAUGCUUUUGAAAAGUGGAAAACCUUUUUGAGAAACUAGAUAUGCUGCUCAUGUUUAAAGUAUGUUCCACAACAUUAACACACAAGUUGACAAAAAACAAAUACUGAUUUUAAAGAUUCAAUAACGACCCACCCAUAGUUUGGGGACGCCCACGUAAAAACCAAGAGAAAGCAGUUAAAACAAAAUGAUUUACACUUGUAUUGCUGCCCUUUUUAUAUAUACUGUACAUUGGUUAUAUACACAGUACAUACCUUCAUAUUCCUUUCUGUCAGUGUAUAUUUUGUUUAACUAUAUACAAACGGGGUCUUCCCCAGAGUCGGUCUGUACAAUCUUUUUCUAAAGACUACUUGCCUAACAUGUAAUAAAAAUAUUUUUGCCAAACUACAAGCCCUUAUUGGCUGAGAUCAACAUCUUCCAGUUUUGUUACUCUUGCUCCCCAAAGAUGACCUGAUAUUGAUGACACCAAUUUCUUGUAAUGACUUCUAGUGCAUCUGUUGGCAUUCAAAGGAUGUUGACUAUGUGAGGUUGAGCUUGCA